AUGUUGGCAUCCUUCUUCAGCGACUCUCCCCAUAAAAUACCAAAGUGUUCUUCUCCGGAGCCAUUCCUCGACGGUAAAGUCUACACAAUAACAAAUUGGUGGACCCUUUCAAACGGGGACAAAGUUCUCGAAUUUCAGGAUCCCCAAAAUACUCAAAAAAAUCUAAAAACGUGUACUUUGGAGGGUUUUUGGAGUUAUACUCUGACCAAGAAGGGCGAUUCGGUCCUCUUCAUCGACUCUGCCGACUCCUGCAGAGUGACAGACCAUCGGGGAAUGGUUGUGGUGAACCCUCAAACUCUCAUUUCCGUCACAACUCUGUCCAAUUCGCAUUUUUGUUUACGGAAGACUGUUCUGGCUCAUAGAUUUGGGCAGCAGUGUUGUAACAAGUAUACCACUCUUGGCCAGAUUGUCCACAAAUUGGUUGAGAAGAGCACCAUUGGCCAGGCUUUUGACUUUUCCGAAUCCCUCAAUUCCCUUUGUACUCAAAACUAUGACAUUUUGGCGGGAAUGAUGCUUAACAAAAUGGAUACAUCUCAAAUUGUUGAGGAAAUUAAUUCCAAAUAUAAACGGGGGAUUCUCCAGUUUUCUCACAAGUUAAAUUCCGAGUUAUCCCGCCCGGUAAGUGUGUGGGUGGAGGAGGAUGUUCGGUCAGCCAGGAUUGGAGUGGUCGGGAAAAUCGACAUUCUGGCAAAGCUCGCAAACGGCACGUCCAUUCCAGUGGAGAUUAAAAGUGGGAAAAAGACAAAUUCAAAUUGGCUGAAUCAUUCUGCCCAAGUUCAGUUAUAUCUGCUCUUAUUAACACAAUCGUCCAGAAAGGGGGGAUACUUGUAUUACCCUCUCGACGGGGGAACUCUCACUCAUGUGGAGGACCUACUUCCCCAACAAAAGUCAUUGAUACAGUCACGGAACCAACUCUCUCAUUACAUUGCUUCCUCCUUUGAGCAUCUCCCUGAUAUGAUCGAUAACUCGAGGAUAUGCUCGAAAUGUCCUCUCUCUGUCGUGUGCCUCCUCUAUUCACAAUCCACUCACUCUGAUCUCUCUCACAUGCUUGGACAUUUGAGACCAGAGGAUAUCACCUAUUUUAAUCACUGGCAGAGACUGAUCGAUAUUGAGCGGGAAGAGGAGGGUGGUCCACGUGUGUUGAAGGCCCGGAGAGUUGGGAGUGAGUGCUCUGUCAUGUUCGAGGGGGGUGACUUGAUGGGAGUAGUGUCUGGCACUGUGUUGUACAUUACUGAGAAUGGGGAAGAGUGGGAAAUGAUGGUUGAGAGUGUUUGUGUUGGGAAAUUCACUGUGAUUUGCAAUUUUGAUGAGAAUAUUGUCAAGUACGACUGUCUCUACUCCAUCCGAGUUGGGGAAUAUGAACACUUUUAUCGGACUGGACUGGGUUAUUUGGCUGCUCUCAUGGAGGAUUCUUUACACAAGAGGUUGGUCACUCGGCCAUGCAUUGGGGGAAAAGUCAAGACAGAAUUGAAUGUUGAGCAGGAAUUGGUGCUUGAUCGAAUAUUGAAUUCUGGGGAUCAGUUCGUCCUUGUUCGGGGGUGUCCUGGGAGUGGGAAGACAACACUAUUAGCACGGGUAGUCCAAUCAUUAGUGGACUGUGGGAAUACUGUUUUGGUGGUUUCUCACACCAACUCGGCCGUCGACGGCAUCUCCCGUAAACUGGAAAAGCUGGGCACUCCCUUUUGGAGGUUUGGCGAUAAGGACCGCAUGGACAGUGAUCUGCUUCCCCAAUCCUUCGAAAACGUCGUCUGUGAUAUUUUAAAGUUGGAAGGAAUGAAAUGGGGGGAAAUGGAAAGUCUAUUUUAUUCCCGGGUAUUGCCUGGUGUGGUUGGUAUUACUAGAACGUGGUCACAUCGACGUGUUGUGGUUGUCAAUUCCAUUUUAUCAUCCCGUGACUACGACUGGUGUAUUGUGGAGGAGAGUUGUCAGAUAAUGCAGCCUCUCCUGAUUGGUCCAUUAUGUCUGGCCAAACGUGCCUGUCUAAUUGGCGACCCCCUCCAGUUAUUGCCUGUUACUCGGUCAAGGAAGGCGAGGUCUGUGGAUAUUCUUAUUCUAGAAAGGAGGGCAUUUGUAGUAGUCAUGCAGUUGGCCAACCAUCUCCUUUAUGAAGGGAGAUUGCAGUGUGGGGACGACUCCAUCAGGGUUAGGACGAUUUCCCCCAAUAAGGAUCUCAUUGUCCAACCAAAGUGGCUGAGUCGUGUUGUGAGCAGUCGACUGGAGGACUCUGUUCUGUUCAUAAAGUACACCCAAAUUGAGAAAUCCCGUGUUCAGAAUAGAUUGGAGUUGUCAAUAGUAGACCAAAUAGUCACCCUGUUGACUCAAGCCUUUCUGAUCCACAACGAGCUCAAGUGCGUGGAAAGCAGUACUAUUGACAAGUACCAAGGGAGGGAAAAGGACGUGAUUGUAAUAUCCUUUGUUCGAUGUGAGAACGAUUCGAUAUUGAAUGAUCUGCGGAGACUGACUGUGGCCGUGACCCGAGCAAGGUACAAGCUGGUUAUGGUUGGCCAUCGUCUGACAUUGGAGACACACUAUCACCCAAUGCGCAAAUUAUUUCGCUCACUCUCAGCCGAUCAAAUUGUGGAUUUCGAGUGA